CUCUCUCUCUCUCUCUCUCUCUCUCUCUCUCUGUCUGUCUCUCUCUCUCCCGCUGCCCAUCUCCCUUUCUCUCUCUCACUUCAAAGCUCUACUUGAUAGUGGGCUGUAGACAGGGGUUGUUGUUCUUUUCGCUUGGUGGUGCGGAACAUCAUCACCACCACCACCACCACCAUGCCUCGAGGAUUCUUGGUGAAGAGAAACCGACGAUGUCCAGCGUCGUACCGGUCACGAACAAACAGUAAUAACAAACCCGAAACAUUGUACGGAGACAGGAGCGGCAGUGACAAGUGCGAAGCGACGGACCGGCCGGCAGCGGGGGGGAGCGACGUGUUGAGCGCGCUCCCACAUGUAGUUCCGGAUGGUCUGCUCUCAGUGUCCCGCGGGGACUCCACCGCGGCCACAGAGGCGUGGAGGCCGCACGUGGAAUCUGCGCAGUUACCGGAGAUCGAGGAGCAGGUGAGGCAGGUGGCCGGUCAAACUCCCCGCAGCGACUUCUCGUGCUUCUUCACCCCCCCUCUACCACCACGCGACCUGACAUCGAACCAGUCCUGCAGCCCCGUUAAACCGGUCGGCACGAGACUGCUGGACCAUCAGCACCACGAGGAGGGAGAUCAGCAGCCGCUGUUCCCCGGGAAGCGCCUCACUUCCUCCCCGGUGCCGGGGUUUCCGGAACCGCCAUUCCUGGUGAGAUCCACGCAGACCCCGGUGUCCCCUUCCAUCGAGAGGCUCCUUGCGAGCAGCAGCCGCAACGCGCCGUCCUACGAACACAAUGACAGGUACGACACGCGGGUGGGUCACCUGUUCCCGCCAUUGACACUAGUGAACUCUGAGCAGUUCCUCGAGCAGGACCAACGCAGCAGACUCAGCCGACCGCCCGCGAAGAAACCCAAAGUGAACCGAAAGCUGACCUUCGAAGAUGAGGUCACGACCUCGCCGGUGUUGGGGCUGCGGAUCAAGAAGGAGCUUCCCGGACUGAGGAGACAGCGGGAGAGGUCGUCCAGUGGCACCGCGAACCAGCCGCUCGGAGAGUACAUCUGCCAGCUCUGUGCGGAGGAGUACCCGGACCCGUUCUCCCUCGCGCAGCACAAGUGCUCCCGCAUAGUGCGCGUGGAGUACCGGUGUCCCGAGUGCGACAAAGUCUUCAGCUGUCCCGCCAACCUGGCGUCCCACCGCCGCUGGCACAAGCCUCGUCCGGUAAACGGCCGCGGUGGGGAGACACAGACCGACGAGGGCCAGCCGCUGAGGGAGGGCAAAGAGAACGCGCUGCUGCGCACAGACGGCAAUCAGCACCCCGGGGUGGCGGACAGCUCCUGCGUGAGGCGCGAGCCCUCGCUGCUGCUACUGCACGGUCGUGCGCGGGACAGCCCUGAAGGCGAAGGCCUCGCGCGCCCUCACUACGACCCCUCGCUUCAAUAUCGGAACGCGGCCGGAAGGUGCGCGGACCUGCAGGUUAGAGAGGCUCUCGGUCCGCCCUCGAGCCGGCUUCUGUUGAAUGGCAGCCCGGAUGAGGGCGCGGACCUGCCGUUUGUCCCGCUUCCGAUGGACGAGGCGGAAGAGUGUCGGUACUGCGGGAAAAAGUUCCGCCGACAAGCUUACUUGAAGAAACACCUGGCCGCCCACGAGACGGCGCGAGCGUCUCCCAGCCCGUCUUCUUAUGGCCAGGCGCGCGAGACGAGCGGAGGACAGAGCCAGGUGUUCUCGUGUCACUUGUGCGGCGCACGCUUCCCGUCGGUAGAGAUCAGGGACAAGCACCGCGUGUGGCACGCGGUAAGGGACGAGUUACUGUCGGGAACACCGCGGGGAGAACUGAGACCGGACUUGCUCCACGCGCAGGGAGGGGAGAGCGGCAGCGGGGAGCGCGAGCCGCAAAUCUUCACGUGCGCGCACUGCCCGUCUACGUUCUACAGCUCCCCGGGGCUCGCGAGGCACGUCAACAAGUCCCAUCCUGCCGAGAAGCGGCAGGUGAUGCUGCUGCAGAUGACCGUCCGACCGUAAAACGAGCGGGAGAUGGACCACGCACACUCAUACAAGCGAACGUAUUAUAUAUGAAUAAUUACCUGCCAUGUCAUUAAGAGGAACAUAUUAUGUACAUUUCAUUCAGACAUGUUCCGUUACAAAUUGUGACGGAGGCCUGUUUGGUUCAGUUGUGAAAAAAGCAAAACGCUCGGUGAGAGCCAGGGUGCGGGUCACGGCUGGGUCUUGUUUAAAGCUCAUAGAGCAUCUUCAAUUGUUUAACAAAUAUACAAUUAUGAACUAAACACAACUUUGUUGUUGAAAAAUUAGAAAAGCGUGUCGGUAGAAGCGGAUCUGUCCACGGUGCUGAAACUACACCAACUAGACGACCCUUUGUCCAUAAAGGAAGGUCUGUUCCACCAGGUUGUUUAGUCUUUACAACCAUUUUAAGAGCAACCAUGGACAGGUGAAAUAUCUCAAAUUGAGUAAGAUAACAACUGGAUUAUUUUAAUGAUUAAACUAUCAACGGAUGUAAAUUAAAGGUACCCUUUUUGCUAAAUGGCAAUUUAUUCUGUUGAAAUCUCUCGGGAUUUAAUUUGUGCAGCCAGUUGCACAAUCACAAUACUCCUAUAUGGGAAAGAGACCGUUUUUUUCAGCUUCUCUUGAAUCCUAUCAUACGGCCAACUAAGUGUAAAUUAUUUGAUAUUUAAUCACAACAACUAAACGGUUACAUUUACUGAACACUUGAGAAGUGGUUCAUUUGAUUAUAACUUAUUAGAACAAAAGGGGUUAUUCGCACCGAAGCAAAGACACAGACCUCUCCGCAGACACAGUUCUGGGGUAAAGUAUCCACCAUAGAGCCUAUGUUUCAUUAGGUACUGGCGUAAUGUGUGGUGACCGGUUAUUACAUUUAGAAAGUGACCUUAUCCCAAGAACUGGAUAGAUUCAGUGUCCUCAGUCUUUUUCAUGUACAGCAAACAAACAAAAAAAACGAAGAAAAAUACAUAGAUUGACCAUAAUAUGCCUUUUAUAUUAAAUGUGCCGGUAAGUUUCUCAGCUAACAUAAUAUUUUCAUACUGAAAUGGAAUAUUUUAUGUGUGUACUGCUAAAAAAAAAAAGAAGUAAAAAAGUAUUGUCUUUAUCGAUUAUAUAUUAUUGUUGAAAUAUUUGCUGUACACUUCAUCAUCUCAUUGUUGUUCUAUGAAGCCUGUACAGUAUUUUGAUAUUUCUGAU